UUGAGGUGAAUGUAAAGCUCGGUAUGGAGACGGCUGUGGACCGCGGCUCUUGUUUUUCCCCCCGCCGGAGACACACAAACUCACCGGACAAUUAAGGCUUGAAAGGACACAUACCGGCCGGUUUGUCAACGGAAAACGCAGCCGCUGCUGUUUCAUCAGUGAGGCUCACUAGUGUUUACUUCUUCUCCCUCCUCCUCUUCUUUUUCUAUCUACGCGUCUUCGAAAACAGAUGCCCUGCUCGGGAAGUUACGGACAAAACGCGGAUAAAUCCGCCAAGCCGUCUUCCCCAAUUUUCAAGAGGAGCUCUCACCCGAAGGAUUUCUUGUUCUCUGAGCCUGCUCUUCUUUGACCACAACAAGAGACUCUCCAGCCCCUCCAUCAAGGAAACCUCCUCCUACUCAGAUCGGUGCUUCUGAAAAAUGAGCUGCCAAUGAAUCACCUUCAAGGUUAUCAGUCAUCUUUAGUUGGCCUGGGGGUCUUUUAGAAGGUCGGACCUCCUCGCCACUAUGAAAGGGUUGGGGACCAACCGUAACAGACACCUGUCCGAAUCCUGUGAACCUCCCUCAGGCCACCAGGAGGCCCUCUACUCUCACAAGACCUGCACCAUCCCACGCAGCCCUUACCUGCUGAGCCCCACAAUGGACCACUACAGCACCAUGGACCCUCACAUCUAUCCUUCAGCCAACCAAGGCUCCCUUCCACCAGAGUGCAUGCUGCCCCUUAACAACCAGCUGUCCAACAGCAGCACCUUCCCAAGGAUUCACUACAACUCCUACGACCAGUCUGACUUCUCCCCACCUGGAGACAGCAUCGGGGGGAUUAGCACAGGGACCAUGGGCACCUCUAUGUCAUUGGGACCGGGUAUGGGCAUCGGUAUGGCAGGGCUCAGUGGACGAACACCUAUGAUUACAAGCGGUUCAGCAACCAUAUCACAUCAUAUGACCAAAAAUCAGGCACCAUCCAGUUUGAUGGAGUUUGAUAAGCAGCUACCUGGAGGUCGUGAUGGGUUCAGCACGUUGCAGUUUCACCGAACGUCAGCGGUUGCUGCUGCCAAGCAGCAAACAGACAGCCCUGGUCGCAUCCGUUACAUGCUGCACUCAGUGCAGAAGCUCUUUGCAAAGUCCCAGUCACUGGAGAGCCAAAACAUGAAAGGAAAUGUCAAUGGACGCUCCACUGGCAGCGGUGGAGGCUCAUCUAGCACUGAAGACGGAGGGAAGCAGAAUCGAAGAGCUAAAAGUAAAGAUCGGGGUACAAAAUCAGAGGCCAAACGUAGACCACGCUCCAACAUGUCAGGCUAUUGGAGCUCGGAUGAUUUGGACAGCAGUGACUUGAGCAGCUACCAUAACACCAUGGCCAUGAUGACACUGGGGCGUCCUGCUGGACAUGACAGUCAUGGGGGCCAGUCCAGAUACAUCCAAAGUGGAUACAACACUAUCAGCUCCUCUAAAAGCAGCAAUGACAUGAAGUACCAGGCACAUUCUGGGCCUGGGGGCGGAGGAGGAGGAGGAGGAGGAGGAGGAGGAGGAGGAGGAGGAGGAGGAGGAGGAGGUGGUGGACAAGGUGGUGGACAAGGUGGACAUGGUGGAGUAGGAAGAAUGGCAAUAAAUGAUAAUGACUACAUGAAAGGCGGGUCCUGGUCCACUCUGACCAUGGGCCAGCCGAGACAGGUGAUCCAGAAAGGCUCUGCUACUCUGGAUAGAUCCAUGCUCAAGUCCAGAUCCUGCCAACCUGAAAUGACCUGCAACUACCUGCAGGUUGGACGAAGGGGUGAUUGGAGUAGCACUUUAGGUCGCCUUGGGGGUGCCAAUGAAAUACCAUGUCGACGGAUGCGCAGCGGUAGCUAUGUGAAGGCCAUGGGAGACAUGGAAGACAGCGACGACUCGGAGGGAAGUCCUAAACCGUCCCCAAAAUCUGCCGCUCGUCGACAGAGCUACCUCAGGGCUACGCAGCAGUCUCUGAGCGACCAGCUGCCCCCACGCAACUGUCUUCCAUCUCUCAGAGAGCUCUCCAAUAAUCGCAGCUUGGACAACUUAGACUGCAUUGGGGGUACAGUCUCCUCUUUGCCCCCCUGGGAUGAUGAUGACUUCAGCCAGGCCUGCAGCACCUUGGGCAGACGUAGCUGCUUGGGACAGCUACGGGACCUAGAAAUGAGUCAACAUUAUGAGGACCGCAGCUCCGAGUCCACAUUCAGAGAUUCUCGUUCCCAAUCUCAGGACAACCCAGAGCCUCUAGACUUGCCCAUGCCAACAUGCUUCCGAUCCCGCAGCCACAGCUACCUGAGAGCCAUCCAGGCUGGCUGUUCACAAGAUGAUGACACAGCAUCCAUGGACUCAGGCUGCUCACCGCCCCCAAUUGACACUACUGUACGCACCUACAGCAGCAGCACUGUCUCCACAUGCAUCACCACCUGUAAGAAGGUCGCUCCUCCGCCAGUGCCACCCCGUACAACCUCCAAGCCCUACAUCUCCGUGACAGUGCAGAGCAGCACAGAGUCGGCCCAGGACAACUACCUGGACCAGCAGGACCGGAGGUCAGAGGUCACCAGCCAGUCAAGCCACGCUCACAGCAACUCCUCUGACAGCCUCGACAGCACCCGUGCCAACAGCCUGGCCCGGGGUAUUCCCCGCCCACCACACAUCAUCCCCACUCCCAUCGCCAUCCCCAGAGAUCCAAUCGCCCCCACCAGAAGUAACGCUUCCACUGAGACAAGUGACGCAGUCGUCCAGCAUGAAUUAUUGAGAUCAGGAUUAAACAGAGGGAAUCUUGUGGCAGAGGAGCCCCUAGUGGCACCAGUACCCAGGCGGAAACUGUCCUCCAUUGGUAUACAGGUCGACUGUAUUCAGGAAGUUCCACAGGAGGAGACCCCGCCACCCCUGGCCAAAUUUCAGUCAAUCGGAGUACAGGUGGAGGACGGGUGGCAGCUCAGUCGCACCAGUAGCAUGGCCUCAAAACAAGACACAGACUCAGACACACAGGACAUCCCUGUCAUCUCCCAAAUCAAUAACGCCAAAUAUUUUGAAAAGAAGGUCAUGGUCAACAGUGCCAGCCAAUCCAUGAGCUCCCCUCCUGGACAGGACCAUUUAGACAACGGAGACACUACUAUCUCUUCCCCUCCACCGCCAAGACAGAUCCUCAAGCGCUCCACCACACGAAGUAGCUCUUCCUCCUUCUCAGAAAGUCUGGACCCAGCGCUGGACCCCUCAUCUCUACCACCUCCUGACCCCUGGCUGGAGAGUGGGAAUGGGAGUAGCAGCAGCGUUCCCCAGAGCGGAGGAGCAGGAACGCUGUGUCGGAGAGAUGGCCACUGGUUCCUGAAGCUGCUGCAGGCCGAGACGGGACGCAUGGAAGGCUGGUGCCAUCAGAUGGAGCAGGAGACCAAAGACAACCAGCUCUCAGAGGAGGUGCUGGGGAAGGUUCGCAGUGCAGUAGGAUGUGCCCAGCUCCUUAUUUCCCAGAAGUUCCAGCAGUUCCGGGGACUGUGUGAACAAAACUUGAAUGUGAAUGCCAAUCCACGGCCGACAGCCCAGGAUCUGGCAGGUUUCUGGGACCUGCUGCAGCUCUCCAUCGAGGAUAUCAGCCUCAAGUUUGAUGAGCUCUACCAUCUCAAGUCCAAUGACUGGCAGCCCGUGCCGUCUGCAGCUGCCCAGUUGCCCCCUGAGCGGAAGGUACUUCCCACCCCUGCUGCCCAGUGCGCUGGCUGGGGACGAGGAGAAGGAGACCGCUCCGGCUUCAAAGAAGCCAGGUAAGGGACGACCAUCGCUGGGCCGUGAGAAGAGCGCAGACUCUGCGUCCAUCUCUUCUUCGGCUUCUGCAGAGAAGCAGAGACACGAGGCUCGCAAGCGUCUACUGGCUGCAAAAAAGGCUGCCUCGUUUCGCCAGAACUCCGCAACAGAGAGUGCGGACAGCAUCGAAAUCUAUGUCCCUGAGGCUCAGACUCGCCUCUGAGAGAGACUGAGAUAGCAAUUUUGGUCGGAUCAAAGGACAGAUAAGUCGCUGAAAAACCUGGAAAAAUGGGAGGAAACUUUUGCAAUGCACCUGAGCUACUCUGAGUAAAUAUGGAUGGAGGUGUGGAGAGGAGAGAUGAAAUUCCCAGAGAUUCGGGGGUGGGGGGGUUGGAUUUGGGCAUUUUUGACACAUACUUAUACAGUUAUAGGCUGGUCCUGGUGGCUUCAAGCUCUUAUAACAUAAAGAAAAGGAAAAUUACUAGACUCGACAGACUUUGAAGCGCGUGACUCCUCAUUUGAGGCUGCCAUUGAAAACCUCAGCUGAUUUUGUCAUUUCUUGUUCCUACUCUUGAUAUCAUAAAAUUGUUAAUGAAGGUAUUGUUAUAAUGACAAUUAUAUCCUAAUGAAUCUAUAUGAAGACUGUUUUAAACGUUCCUCUAUCUUGGCUAUAAGAUUUAUUAAGUGGACAGAAGGCAAACAUUAAUGCUCUUCUGUCUCUCAUCGUCCUCCUCUCUUCCCAGAUCAUAGGCCAUCUUGUAGCUUUGCACAACACCGCCCUGUGGCCAUCACAAACACACAACACACACACACACACACACUGCGCACAUUAUGUUCACUGCAAUUACACACACUACAAACUCUCACCUAUGUAUGUCUUCCUUGUAUUUAUUUGUUUAAUUUACUCAUCCUUUUGUUUUGUAUAAAAAUCCAUUUAGAUCUGAUAAUUAUGAAUAUUUUUGGUAUGAUGAAGUUGACUUUCAGAUUUUAAGGGUUAUUUAUAUAUUUCCUAAUAAUUAGCACUUGUGUGUGUCCUCCAAAAUGUUCUUGUGUCAAAGAUUUUAAAAGAUCUAUGAGGUUUAGUUUUAUCAAUUGUUUUAAAUGAAAGCACGUCACAAGAAAACGAUGACUUAUCAUGAGGGUCUCUAUUUUAAUCAGAACGUCAGCGGCCACAAUAAUGCUGAUUUUUAUUUUUUGUUCAACGCUUUUUAAAAAUCCCUAUUUACUUUUUUUCAUGUUUGUGCUGUAAAUUCAGAUUCGUAAAUAUCUCAGUCAGGACUUGGUCCAUCUGGUUGUUAAAUAGCUUCUUUAAGUGCUUUUAUUAACCUCACUUAGCAUUCAACUCAUACAUCUUAAAUUAAUGUAGGGCUUUUAUUCAAGUAAUGCAGCAGGCUGAGCAUGCAGGAUAAAAUUAUGGUAUUUUUCAUAAGGGUCUCGCUGUUAUUUUUAUACUAUGUUUCUAUAAGUCUUUUGAUUUAUUUUGCCUCGAAUCACUCUUCUAAAUGAAUAUACGUUCCAUGAUUUUUUUUCCCCCCUUAUUGAACGUCAUUCAAAGUACCUGCACUUUUUUUUAUUCCAAGAAAAUAUAUUUAAUUAAAGCAUUACAUACAUUA